CCCGGAGCCACAACAGCCGGAGUCCUCACUUCGCCCUCAUGGCGUCGGAACGGUCGGUGCAUUGAAAGUCGUGAACCGACGAAUCCAAGCCAUGAAUAUCCGAAGGAAGCUUCAAAGCUUGGGCGGGAUGAGAACAUGGCUUUCAUCGCUGCGACUCGAACGGUUUGCCGAAGUCUUUGAGAGGGAAGAAGUUGGUGAGUAUCAGCUGGUUAAUCUUUCGGCGAGCAAGCUCAAAGACAUGGGGGUAAAUGCGGUGGGGACGAGGAGGAAGCUUCUUCAUGCGAUUGAGCUCCUCUGCCAGCCUUACUAUAGCCAUGGCUUCUCAUCAUAUGGAGGUUAGUGAUUUGCUGUAUAUGCUCUUGUUUUAUUGCCAUUUUUGGCAAUAUUACUCUGUUUCAGACUCUUAGGGGCUGUUUGGUGGAUAUAUUUUUCAG